ACGUCGCGUCUCGGGAAAAUUCGAUACAAUAUUUACGUGAAAUCAUAGCUUUGUAAUAUUGAACUUGUAGGUAUUAUAAGUUGAAAGAACGUAAAGAUAAUUAGUGAAACGUGGAAUAAUAGUCUUUUGAAAAAGGAUAAACAAUGGACAAAUCAACAUCAAAAACAUCUAAGAUAGCAGCGUGGGUAUUGAUGACUAUCAACUCUAUAUUCAUGGUGAUCUGCAUACUCUUCGCAGCUCUUGGAAUAUGGAUUCUAUCAUCACCAAAUGCUUUGUCUAAGGUUAUAGAAGCUACUGGGAACUCUACGGUCAAGGCUCUAACACAGGACAUCCUAACCCUUCCAGUGGGUAUAGCCAUCACAUCAGUGGCCAUACUCCUAUUCUUCAUCAGUUUCAUGGGACUCCGAGGCGCCAUCACAAGGUCACCCUUCUUAUUGUUCAUGUACUCCGCGCUGGUACUACUGCUGCUGCUACUGGAAUGCGCACUACUAUACUACUUCUCAAGCAAUCUGGUCGAAAAAGGACUAUACAAAGAUGAUGGACUGUGGACUCACGCCAUGCGACUCGCAUUCAGAUGCUGUGAACACAACACUUCAAUACCGGAAACAAGGAAGCCUCCAUGGUCAUGUUGCGGCCCAAACUUGUACCCAGAAAACUGUACCACUGCACUCAUGUUCCAGAAGGAUUGUCAUGCAUCAAUAGUGAACUGGUUGGACCGAUACCAGUUGCCGGUAUACACGUCUCUGGCAGUAUUUCACGUUGCAAUGGCGACCUGUGCUAUCAUACGACGAUCGAGUUCUACAUCUCAAUCUCUUAGCUAGCGGUCGCAACGGCGCGCUAGCGCGUCACCGCAACCAGAACCGUCAGAGGUUCCGAGGAUACGACCUGGAUGGAGUACCCGCGUGGCCCCGACAGUGGAGCCAUCUAACGAAGACGUUAUAAUGCUAGUCGUAGGCAGAGCCAGGCUCGGCUGGGUAGAUAAAUAACUUUAGUGACUAUGCUGGGUAGAAACUCGUGACUAGUCUGGGUAGAAUAGCGAAGUUUGUGACUAGCCUGGGUAGUGAAGAGACGUGACUUUUCUGGAUAUAAAAAAUGUGUCUAAUAUUUAACAUUACUACAGUGAAACCUGG